UCAGGAGGUCCACGUGGACAGAGACUAAAACGCGGACGUGGAAGACCUCGGGGACCUGGUCGGCUGUCUGCACCGGGACAUGAAAGUGAAAACGAAAACGUGCCACACCCAGGACGAAGACGUGGACCUGGAGUUCGACGUGGCGGUGGCGGGGGAGCAGAGGGAACGCCAGCUUCCAUGAGACCAGGGAACCCAGUUCAGGCAGAACCUGUACCAGGCUGUUCUCGUGACGAACCCGGUGCCCCACCAAGGUGUGGCCGUGGACGAGUUCACUUGCCGAGACCAUCCGGUGGUUACUCACAUCAGGGAGAGCCUGUUCCAGGACGUUCUUGUGAUGAACCGGGUCGCCCACCAGUCUAUGGUCGUGGACAAUUUCGCAUGCGAAGUCCAAUGAGUGAUCGGAGCAAUUAUUCUCUUAAUAUGGAGGUUGAUGAUGCCUCGGAAUCUUCUGAUGACGACGUUGUUCCAGUCAAUGAUGCCUCGGAAUCUUCUGAUGACGACGUUGUUCCAGUCAAUGAGUCAUCUGAUGAUGAGAGAAGUGAAAAUAAUGGAGAGCAAGCAGACAAUAAUGCUGAAGUGAACAAUUUUGAAGAAAUAAUAAUAAAUGACAAUGAUGAAGAUGCCGAAGAGCAACAGAACAUUAUUUAUGAUGAUGUAGGUGUCAACCAGCCAGAGAACAUUGUUCAAGAUUAUGUGGAUGUAAAUCAGCAACAGGAUUAUGUUGAUAAUAACCAAGGCAUAAACCAGGAGGAGUACUUUGUUAAUCAAGAUAUAAACGAAGACCAAAUGCAUGCAAACUGGAAUGAGCAAGAUCAGUACAUGGAAGAAGACAUUGGAGAAAUACCACCUCAUGAUGAGGAAAUGUUUGAAGAGGCAGAUGAGGACUCAGAUGAUGAGAUCGUCUUCAUUAUCGAAGUAGAAGAGAAACGGUUAUCCCUAACUACAUACACGAUAAGACGAGUAAGAAGAAGACGACAACAUUAAAAUAUCCCCCCCUGACAAUAUUUGCUGAGUUGCAGUAUUAUCAAGAAUACAUUUACAAACAUUGAAG